AUGUUAUCAUCCUCCGAUCUAAACCCAAACUUCACCCUCAAUACCCAACCCUCUUCUACAAUAGACAAACCAAUCAUUGCUUUCAAUAUCACAGCACAAAUUAAUGAAAAAUUAACCCCCUCCACCUUUCCUCAAUGGCAUGCUCAAUUUGAAGCUCUCCUUAUUGGUUAUGAUUUACUCGACUAUGUCGAAGGCACACUUUUGUGUCCCUCCUCCUCUGGCACUACCACUGAUGAGCUCUGCAAGCUCUAUUGGGUCCGACAGGACAAACUUAUCCUGAGUGUCAUUCUAGCCUCCACAUCACCUUCAAUCACACCACUCAUUGCUACGGCAAAGACAUCUCAUGAAGCUUGGAAAAAGCUAAAAAAUCUAUAUGCUAGCCGAUCAAGAACUCGUGCUAUGCAGUUAAAGGAGGAACUCACUUUAAUCCAGCGUGGACAUCGGUCAAUCACAGAAUACCUCCACGCUGUGAAGACCCUAGCUGAUGAAAUAGCCAUUAUUGAUCACUUAAUUUCAGAUGAUGACCUAACAUUUUAUGUAUUGAAUGGUUUAGGUUCAGAAUUUCAGGAGAUUGUAGCGCCUAUUCGAGCCCGAGAAUCACCACUGGCAUUUGAGGAGCUGCAUGAACUGCUGGUGGGACACAAGGCAUACCUGAGGCGCUUGAAACAACAACACAACAACUGGUAG